AUGUGUUUCUCCUCAAUCGUAAGUUACUCUCUUUGCGGUUGCAGAAUCAAGGUCCCAAUCUUCUGCCCCAAAUCCAAGGAGCGAAUUCCAUUCCUGAACCGGCUUCUACAUAAACCCGUCCCAACAUGCACACUACAGGCAAGUAGAAACCUCUACAUUGAUGCCUGGUGCUAUAGAUGCGGAAUGUGUAGCUCGGAAGCCAAAGAUCGGAUAGCCAAGCGAUGGGCCGAAGAGAAGAGCAAGCGACGCAUGGAGCGUAAACACCCUCCUAUGCCUGCUUGUGGUGAUCUUCCAUUUCUAGGUGUUCUCUUCGAGAAGGACUCACUGCCGCUAUGGGAGCAAAAGGAGCACUGGAAAAAGAACAACCAGGAUGACAUGGUCAUGCUGCGAUGCAAUAAGUGCGACCGACCACCUUUCCUGAGGCCAGCAAGCUUUCCCAGCGAAUAUCAUGAGUGCUGCAAUGAGCCAUGUGAGGUUCUUCGAUGGGAAGAUUGGCAAGGAUUCCCAGAUACGCCUAUCUCGACAACACAUCGCCCGAUUGGAGAGUAUUUCCCAGAUGGGAUAUACCUUCGAUACCACACGGAUGAUGGAAUGAGACAAGCACCUGAAAUUCCUAAGCCAGACGUACAACCAGCCGUUAAAGAGCCCAACAGUCGUCAUCGCAGUAGCAGCCGCUUUCGGUUUGCACGCGGCUCUCGACCUACGACCCCUCAAUCCAAACCAUCGUCAAGCAGUUGGCCCACCCUUGAACCUGCCUCUCAGCGGGUGCAGAUCAGAUUCAGGCCACGGUCAGGCUAUUCCAUGAAUCCGUCUCGAAACUAA